ACUAAACUUUGUCACGCUGCCGCUGCACUGACGCGACGCUCAUCUCCGUACACACCGGGACAAAGAGGAACACUACCCCGCGACCGGUGUUGUGACAUUUGCCCCGGGCCUCUCCAUUUCCCACUGUGUGAAGAAAAGUGAAAAGGAGUAUUAAUGAAUCAGUAUUCGCUAGCCGAGGCCAUGACAGACAACUUGAGGAUUUUAUAAUUCUCUCCAGAGGAAGAGCGUCGCAUCUUGUAAGGAGUCACAGAGGAAACUUCACAGUUCCGAAGUCAACCGAGUCCAAUAUGGGAUUCGGCGUGCUGGGAGUGUUUCUGGGGCUGCUCCUGGAGGUCUCCACCCACGGACCCCACGCUGUGCCCCGAACCUCCUGGAGACGCCAGGAUUUAGAUCUGAUGGAGUUUUCCGAGCCGGAGAUCUUCAACUACUCCACGCUGUUGCUGAGUGAGAAAAGAGAUGCGCUCUAUGUGGGAGCCAGGGAGGCCAUCUUUGAGCUCAGCAAGAAGAACGUGACAGUCAAAAACAACAAGGUGCAAUGGACAGUUGCGGAAAGCCCCAUGGUGAUGUGCAUGCAAAAAGGAAAGUCAAAAGAGAGAGACUGUCUCAACUACAUUAGAGUGCUCCAAGUUGUAGACGACGAGCGGCUGUAUGUCUGCGGCACCCACGCGUUCCAGCCUCAGUGCGACUACUUGAACCUCGCUGACUUUUCAUUGGACCGUCGACCUGAGGACGGCCGGGGGAAGUGUUCCUUUGACCCGUCGCAGAGCUUCACCACCGUCAUGGUUGACGGAGAACUGUACUCGGGGACGGCUUAUAACUUCUUAGGCAGCGAACCGAUUAUUUCGAGAUACUCUCCAUCCCAGUCCCUGCUGAGGACAGAGUACUCCACAUCGUGGCUCAACGAGCCAAGCUUUGUUUUUGCGGACGUGAUCAGUGAAGGGGGAAACCAAGUAGAUGGCGAAGACGAUAAAAUCUACUACUUCUUCACUGAGGUGUCGGUGGAGUACGAAUUCUUUGGCAAGCUGCUGAUCCCCAGGGUGGCGCGCGUCUGUAAGGGCGACCUCGGGGGGCAGCGCACCCUGCAGAAGAAAUGGACGUCCUUCCUGAAAGCCAAGCUGGUGUGCUCCAUGCCCGAGCUCAAUUUUGUCUUCAACGUAGUACAUGACGUCUUCAUCCUGAAAGGGGCAGACUGGAGAGACACCGUCAUCUACGGGGUCUUCACCUCCCAGUGGGGUAACGUGGGCUUGUCAGCAGUGUGUGCUUACAACAUGACAGCUGUGGAAGAAGUCUUCUCCAAGGGCAAGUACAUGCAGAAGGCCACAGUGGAGCAGUCCCACACCAAGUGGGUCCGGUACAACGGCAUCACUCCGUCCCCACGUCCUGGAGCAUGUAUUAACAACCUCAUGCGGCGGCAUAACAUGAGCAGCUCCCUCAACCUGCCAGACAAGACCCUCCAGUUUGUUAAGGACCACCCUCUGCUGGAGGACCCCGUCCUGCCCAUCGGCAACGGGCCUCGCCUCAUCACCAAAGACGUCAACUACACUCAGAUUGUUGUGGAGAGGGUCCGUGCACUCGAUGGGAACAUUUAUGACGUCAUCUUCACUGGAACGGAUAAGGGCAUCAUGCACAAGUCAGUGGCGUAUGAAGGAGAAGUGCACAUUGUCGAGGAGAUCCAGCUCCUGAAGAACUCCGAGUCCAUCAAGAACCUGCUGUUGUCCUCGGAGACACGGUCCCUGUACGCUGGUUCAGACUCGGGUGUGGUCCAGUCCCCCACAGCCUUCUGUGGCCGGUAUCUGUCCUGCUAUGACUGCAUCCUGGCUCGGGACCCGUACUGCGCCUGGGACCCUCAAGCUGCUGCCUGUGUCAAUAUCUUUGAUGCUCCCAGCCAAAGGCUCAGGAAGCUAAUCCAGAGCCUGAAUGGUGACGCAGACAAGUGUCCAUCAGAUUUAGGUCCAUCUUUGAAGGACUACCGGCGUGUGACCGUGAAACCGGGCAGCUCUGCUGAGUUGCCGUGCCUGGGACACUCCAACCUCGCGCAGGUGAUGUGGAAAUCCAACGGCUCUGCUCUCACCGAGGCCUCUCGCUUCCACCUCAUAGGCGAAAACGGCCUCCUCAUUUACAGCGUGGCUCCAGAAGACCAAGGUCACUACGAGUGCUGGUCAGUGGAAUGGGCCCUGGCUGCUGGGAAGAACUUCAGCCGCCUCCUGGCCGGAUACGUCCUCACUCUGGAGCUCCCGCCCAGAGCCCCACAGCAGGCGGGCCACGUUGCCACCACCCUCAGCGGCGAGGAGACAUCGAGCACGCGCGCAGCUGAAGGGAAUGGUAAGACAGACAGAGCCCUACUAACGUCGGCCCUCGCCCCUCCCAGCUUCACAGCCACAGUCCAAUUCACCUCCCCACCCCAAACUGACUCAUCACUAACACCGCCGCCCAGCAGCACAGUCAAGUUCCAGCCGAAGCAGCAACUUCCCCCGAGCUCCAACGCUCCGCGCCCAGACAGCCGGGACCCGGCGGCUGAGUAUUUGCAGCACAACAACAGCACCGCCCUCCUCUUCCUCUUCCUCCUGUUCUUCCUCCUCUUUCUGGCCGCGCUGGCGUACAACUGCUACAUGCAGUAUCUCCCGGCUCCCUGCCUGCGGCUGCGAGCUGCUCUGUUGGGCAGUCACAAGAGCACCCACCAGCCCGAGUAUCGGGCCUGCGAGGCGGGCCUAAUGGAGUCGUCUGCGACUGACAAAAUUAACAUGACGGAGCAACCGACGCAGAACGGCAGCCAAACCACUCAAAACGUCCGGGCGCUGCGCGACACCGGCUAUGAGACUGAGCCGGAGUGCGGCAACGGCCAGAUCCCGUCUGGCCCUUCUGGAGACGACAGCCCGUCCCAGGAGAAACCCUUCGACGUGGACUGUGAAUCUCAGCCCAUCCAGUUCGCAGAUGCAGAUGAACCUUACUGCUAGCCAGAAGCCUCUUCCCUGCUUUUUGUUUCUCUCAGCACAGACUUUUGAUUGGCGGGUGGUCACACUCUUGGUGCAUCUUUCCACAGCUCACGAGUCGAAGUGCUUUCCUCUCUCUGAAAGUGUUGUUCCGUGUACAGAAUCACAUGAAGUUUAAAGUUUAAUCAUCACAAGGUGUCCGGCGUCCCGCUUUCCCAUAGAGAUAUAACUCCCGUCUGGUCUAAGGUUUAUGAUGAUCAAGCAAAAACUGUAUUCACAGAAGCUGCACACCCUCUCAGCUUAGUCCAGCAAGAAAAGCUACUUCUUAAAUUCCAAAUUGGAAACACUGUUUACCAAAUUGGUAAGUUACUGUGAUGUUUUUCCAAAUUGGAGUCAUGUUUUUUUGUACAGUCUGGGGGGGGGGAUAGUCUCUUGAAGCUUUUGCAUCUUUUUUUUUGUAGGCUAAUGGACUCGGGUCAAUGCUUCAACAUUAGAGUAAUUUCUCAGGGAAGAUUUGCUCGGCACGUUAUAGCCCAGCUUUGUACGAUGUUGCCAUCUGCGUCACCGGGUACGGGGCCUUUAUCUCGCCCAGUGAAGUGAACCAAUGUCUGGUUUGAAGGUCAGAGGGAAAAAGAAGGAAGGAAAAGCCAAGUGGACGACUUGCAUGAUAGAAUAAUGCUUUAAAAAAUUAAAAACCACUGUCUCGUGUAGCGUUGUCUUUGAGUGACAAUGUUGAGUUUCUCUCUAUUUAAUUUAAUUUCCUUCCUGUGAAGUCGACAUUCCUACGUGAUGGUCCUGUGUAUUAACCUCUACUAGUCAUUUUCCCUCGCGGUCUGUUAAUAACAUAAAUAUGUUCUAUAUGACGGGAUGCUUGAUAAUGUCAAACAUCAGCCCCGGAAACGGUUUAUACAAAAGAUAUUUUUUUAUUAUUAUUUUUAAUUACGCCUCCAGUUUUAGAACAUUUUUCAGAUAAUUAUUAUUUAAGAUGCGUCAUAUCUGUGGUAAUAACAUGUUGUCUAUUUUGUAAGUAGUUGUGAUCAUCCUCAUUUUUUCUUUUAUUUAUUACAGCAAAUUAGUUUAUUUUUUUCUUCUUCUUUCAAAUCCCAGCCCAUUAGUCUCCCUCUUGUCUGCGUUGCAUGUCACCCCUUGAGUAGAGUUCCUGUUUUCCUCAAUACUCUCUCUUUUCCCAUCACUCCCUCCCUCACAGUCUCCUCUCACGUCGACACUUCAUCUUCCCUGUCCUCCUCUGGAAGUAGCUCUCCCUCUGCCCUUCCUUCCUCCUCCUCCUCUCCUUCCACCUCUACCUCCACCAAGCCCCACAUUGUGGAGGCCCGGGAGGCAGAGGUGAGACUGUUGCCUCCCCUGCUGAAGGACCAAGCCUGGGGGGUUCAUGCCCAGGAGGCCUUCCUGCUCUUCUGCCUGGCGUUGGGUGAGUGGUGUCGGUGACGUUGACUCGGCUCACACCUCCCGAACUGGAAAUCCACUCCUCUCACUUUUUAACCCACCUUACUUCACUCUUUCUCUUUUCUUUCUGCACGUUGCAUGUUACCAUUUCCCAAACAUAAACCCACCAAGAGAGUGUGUGUGUGUGUGUGUGUGUGUUUUUGGAUCUGUUUCUAACAAGCCUGUCCGUUGCUUCAAGGCGUAGUGGAGAACUUGUUCCUCUCCAUUUUAGGUGUCUGGUGAGAUGCCUGAGUGAAUGUUUAAAAAGGACGUGAUACAAUAUUAAACUGUCAACCUCUCAGUGGUCUGUUUGUCCCACAAUUCUCAAUAACAUGUGAAUGAAAGGUACAGUUUUGUUUAUAGUAUUAUGUAACAACAGUCUGAAGUAAAACCUGUAAAAUUCAGAAAAGAUAGUUUUUUGAUUUGUUUUUAAAUCCAGGGUGUUAUUGGAGACUAAUAUCUCAGUACUUUAUCUGGAUCAUUUUUGUGCCUGUAAAUAUAGUUGUGUAUAUACAGACAAAUACCAUUUGUACAUUUAGGGGGCGUUUUGGGACUAUUUCUCUUGGUAGGGAGGCUAA